AUGGAGAUUUUGUCAGAAAGCCCAGAAAUUAUAAUCUUCCAUGAUGUCGUUAAAGGGGAACUAAUUAACAAAAUUUGGGACGCGGCUGUGGUUCCUUUGGAGGAAGAUGCACAACAACCUGAAAGCAAAUCUCUUAUUGGGGACUUGUGCUCACCAGAAGGUCUUCGACUUAUCUGCGUUGGUCUCUGUGCCCUAAUCUUUAUUUAUAUUCAUUCAGUCGUCAAUGGUGAAAGCAUGGGGAAAAGUUAUGCUCGCCUAUACUCAACCUUGGAGUUGGUCACUGGACUAAAUUUCAGGCAAGCGGAUUUCCUCCGUUUGACCCAGUACUUCAUCUCCGCUAGCGCUGGUGUCCACCAUGACUCGCAUAAUGUCCUCGUCUCGGGUACAUCGAUAACCUUUGGAGACAGGUUGGCCACAGUCAUUAUUUACAUGAAUGACGUUCUUUUUGGAGGUGAAACUGUAUUCCCAAAUUUGAACUUGAUGGUUAAACCGGUCAAGGGAUCCGUAAUUUAUUGGUAA